AUGGGCCAUGGCAUCUCUCUUCUAAGACAAGACAUGAUGGACGAGUGGGUCGAGGAGGAAUGGCCAAGGACCACUAAGAAGUCCCAAUCGAAGGUUGGUGCUGGUAUUAGUAAGUCGGCCGACUACUUAGUCAACAUCUUCGCUUUGAAAGCGAGGAGAAUACUUGCACGGAAAGGCAUACUCUUAGAAAGAUUACUGGCCUACUGCUGCCUUACCACUAGCUUAACACUAGCAGCACAGGCUUACCUAUUAAUCACAGACCCCCUUCCUUACUUGCUUGCCUUUCCAAAUGAGAGGACGAAGAACCUAGGCGCGGAUUGGGCUUCCCGAACCAAAGAGUCCCGUGUUCUAAGGAUGGUCUUCUUAAGGAGGAUGAAAGGUUACUUUAAUAGAAUGAGGCGGUACAUUACAGACCUUAGGGAGAGGUUAGUCCUUCGUGUGAAUGAAUGA